GCCAUUAUUUUAACCAGCCACCACAGAUCGACCUCCGAGUUCUCCCCUCCCCUGGACAGAAAGGAAAGAUGAGUCGCUCCUUUCCAUCAUAAACAUACAACUGGAAGAGAUUCUUUAAAAAGUAAAAUCAAAUGGUACAGAAAAGUAGUAGUAUGUCCAGGACGCCUUCGACCCCAAACCAGGAGAUCCCCAUGGGUAUGAUCGACCACCAUCCGCACACGCAGGGAAAGUAUGCUAAGAGGAAGAGCCGAUUUAAGCGCUCAGAUGGGAGCACCUCUUCUGACACCACCUCGAACAGCUUUGUCCGACAGGGCUCUGCAGACUCCUACACCAGCCGGCCGUCGGACUCUGACGUGUCCCUGGAGGAGGACCCCGAGGCUCUGAGGAAGGAGGCCGACAGACAGGCUCUUGCCACACUAGAGAAAGCAAAGACCAAACCAGUGGCGUUUGCUGUGCGCACCAAUGUCGGUUAUAACCCAGGUCCCAAUGAUGAUGUUCCUGUGCAGGGCAUGGCCAUUUCCUUCGAAGCCAAAGACUUCUUGCACAUCAAAGAGAAGUAUAACAACGACUGGUGGAUCGGACGCCUGGUAAAGGAGGGCUGUGAGGUGGGUUUCAUUCCCAGCCCGGUCAAACUGGAGAACACCCGCCUGCUGCAGGAGCAGCGAAUGAGACAAAAUCGGCUCAGCUCCAGUAAAUCUGGAGGAAGUUCGAGUCUGGAUGUCGCCGCAGGAACUCGCAGGCCCACCCCGCCAGGAACAGCUCCCGUGGACACGUCAAUGGCAGCCUUUGACAUUGACCCUCUCGACCUGGAUGCCGAGGAGCCCCCUGAGUCCCAGGGUGACCCUCGCUCCCCCAAGGGCGUGUCAGGCAGCGUAACUUCCCCCCAGGCAAACGCCCACCGUCUGCCCUUCUUUAAGAAGAUGGAGCAUGUUCCUCCCUACGACGUGGUUCCUUCCAUGAGGCCCAUCAUCCUCGUUGGACCCUCACUAAAAGGCUAUGAGGUCACAGAUAUGAUGCAAAAAGCUCUCUUUGACUUUCUGAAGCACAAGUUUGAGGGCAGGAUAUCCAUUACACGUGUGACAGCAGACAUCUCUCUGGCCAAACGUUCAGUCCUCAAUAACCCCAGCAAACACACCAUCAUUGAGCGCUCGAGUACCCGCUCCAGCCUGGACGUACUGGCUGAGGUGCAGAGUGAGAUUGAACGUAUAUUUGAGCUGGCCCGCACCCUCCAGCUUGUUGCUUUGGAUGCAGACACCAUCAAUCAUCCCUCUCAGCUGGCCAAGACCUCCCUGGCUCCCAUAAUUGUUUAUAUCAAAAUAGCCUCACCAAAGGUUCUCCAGAGGCUCAUUAAAUCCAGAGGGAAAUCCCAGGCCAAACAUCUAAAUGUGCAGAUGGUUGCAGCUGACAAGCUGGCCCAGUGUCCUCCUGAACUGUUUGACAUCAUCCUGGAUGAGAACCAGUUGGAAGACGCAUGUGAACACCUUGCAGACUACCUGGAGGCCUACUGGAAGGCGACACACCCGCCCAGCAGCAACCCUCCAAACCCUCUUCUGAACCGCACCAUGGCCACAGCCGCCCUGGCUGCCUCUCCUGAGCCCGUCUCCAACCUGCAGAGUCCAUACCUGGUUCACGGUGAGCAGAAGCGUGAGGGGGGUCUGACAGAAUGCGGUGGAAGCAGCACUCUUCACGAUUAUGAGACCGACCUGGGUGGAAAGCCUCAGCAGCAGCAGCACCAGCAGCAGGCUUACCUGCGCUCGUCUCGUAGCCAGCUACGAGCGGGUAGCGGGAGAGCCCUGUCCCGGCAAGACACCUUCGACUCUGAGACCCAGGGCAGCCGAGACUCGGCCUACACCGAGGCCGGGGACUCCUGCAUGGACAUUGAGACUGACCCUUAUGAGGAACCCGACCCGUACCGAGGUAGUGGAGGCAGCCGUCUCCACCUGGCGCAGCAUCACGGCCGACAGGCCUCUUGGGAAGAUGAAGGUGCUGAACCAGACCAGGAAAACCUCAACCACCCUUCGAUGCCGAGACAUUCGCAGCCGCACGGAAGGGCCAAGCUGAGGGAGCGCUACUGCCAGGACCCUGUGGAGACAGGGUCCAACAUGAGCCGUAACAAGAACCAGGAGGACUGGGGGAAGGAUGUUUACAUCCGCUGAAUGCUCACCACAGAGACUAGGAGGAUGCAGACUGAGGACAGCAGGAGGGGAAGGAUUCUGCUUGUAAAGGAGCUGAAGUGUGGGUUUGGGGCCACACCUGUCAGACUUACAAAAAUGUGUUUACAUCCCAGUAAAAUGUAAAGAUAUACGUCAACUGCCAGAUACCACUCUCAUCAAGUUCUUGCAGAUCCAAUGAUUUAUGUUUAGAAAAAAAAUAUAGAUCUGUUUUUUUUUUUCUUUUUGUCAAUGAUGCAUGAAUAUCAUGAGUUUCUAUAUUGACAGCUAAAAAAGGUCUGUCUGACCCGAUCUCUCCUUCAGUAGUAGAGUGUGAAGGCUGGUAGGGCUGUGGUCUGUCAUGUCUGUCCUCUGCAGUCUUAAACAGGGUCUAAUGUCACUUUUCCCACAUAUGUAUAUUGUCGGGGGUUUCUCUUUACAUUUUUCUCACUCACAGCUUUUCACUUCCAGGAUUCCCUCCUAUACUGGGAUCCAGAAGUUGUGAGUCGCUCACCGCCUCUCUCUUAUCACCCAGACCUUAAAAAGCUGGUAGAGGAGUCAAAGUCAAAGAUACAUUUUUUUUAAUCAAAAAAAAUAUAUCUUUUGUCAAUACAAUCAUGACAGCUAGAUCACAACAAAGAUGUUUACUUCUUCCCUGAGCUGGUUCAGCUUUCAGUAUUCACACUGCGGUGCAGCUUCACAGCAGCACUCAGAGCUACAACAACUACAGUCGUGAGAAUGAGACGUCCUGCCUUAGUCGAUCUCACCCCAAAACACCUUUAUUUCAAGAAACCUACAAUCACAAGUGCCGGAAUGUCUUGCCAAGCCAUGUCCACCAGCGGGUGGGAUGUCUUAACUCUUGUUCCACUUGUUUUCAUACCUUGUCCUUGUCUCUGUGUGUGUCUCUCCUGGCUGCUCUGCAGCACGUCUCUCAUUUUGUUUAGUUUGCACCAUCUUACCAGACUGCAUUCAGGGCUAAAGCUCAUAUAAAAAGUGUUUUUUUUGUUUUUUGUUUUGUUUUUUGUGAAGUUAACCUCUCUCAGCUUCCACUUGAAUUGCAAGCUUUUCUGACAUUAAAAACAACUCUCUUCUUUCUUCCUGAUUUCUGUCUGAUAUGGGGUUCUUUUGUUUUUAUUUUUCCUGUGAACAUUUGCAAUUUUUUUUUCCAGUUUCUGUGAGGUAAUAGGAGGAGUAUCGUAUGGGGAGGUUGGGGUAGGAUCACCUUUGGUCUUUAUUAAGUUAUCUAUAAUGGAGAAUCCAUGAAUGUCUUCAGCGGGCUGCUUUAGCCCGCCUCUGUCUUCGGUUAAAUAAAUAAAUAUUAAUGAUCAGUAAAUAAUGUUAUUGUUGCAUUAUCGCAAUUGUUAAAAUGAUAAGAAAACAUGUAUCAUUGGUGCCUGAUUGUAGCUACAUUUUGCUUUUUCUGCCUUUCAUUUUUAAUCUGUGGAUAAACUCGUAUUUUAAUUAAAAAUU